CUUUUUAUGAAAGUUUAACUAAAAUUUCAAACAAAGGCACGAGAGAAAAUCGAACUAUUUUCAGUUCAAGUAAAGAUCUUGGAACAACAAUACAUGACAAUAGCAAAAGGGUCUUAUGAGGAUUCAUAGGUAUUCUGGGGAAAAUUUCGGGGGUUAUCUCUAGAUUUUAGAGAGGACGGACGAGUUUUUUCUGGUCUUUCUUAUUUACUCGAAGAUAAUCGAUGGCAGUUUCUACUGCAAGAUAAAAUCCUGAUAUGGUGGAUAUCAAGUGUUUUGAGCUAAUCGAUUCUGGCUCUGUAAUUAUAUUUAGCUAAAAGGGUGUGUAAUUAAGGAAAAAUUCUUGGUGGAUUAUGUAAAUAUGGAAAGGAGAGAGAUUCUCUCAAUUUCUGCUGCUUGAAAUUCUUCAAAUAAUAUUGCCAGAACUUGGAUAGUUUUCAUUUUAUUUACAUCAGAGGCUUGUUGAAAGAAUUUUGUAUGUUUGCUUUAGAAUUUGAAUUCAGUCCUUGGUUUGAAAGGGUGGUCACAACAUUAUAGAAGAAGAGACCAAUGCAUUUGAAGUUGGGUAUACGAAAAGGUUGGAGAAAAUCUAGACAAGAUAAGAUAUAUGGGGUUUUGAUACCUUCAAUGAAGUAAGUGGAGUGAAAAUGGGUGCAACGAUUUUACAUUCUUUGACGGGUGAUAAUCUAGAAUUGCAAAUGCAAACAGGACAGCAUUAUAGAAGAAAAGCCAAUGCAUUGGAAGUUGGGUAUACGAAAAGGUUGGAGAAAUUCUAGACAAGACAUUUGGGAUUUUGAUACCUUCAUUGAAGUGAGGGGAGUGAAAAUGGCUAAAAUGAUUUUACAUUCUUUGACAGGUGAUAAUACAAAAUUGCAAAAGCAAACAUGAUAUAUGCCAGGCAUCUUUCAACCGUUCGAUCAUCAGCCUAUUUUUACUUGGAAGUGCAUCGUUGGCCAUAGCAUUGAGAGGCUGCCUCCUGGAACAUAUUUCUCAUACUAAUUGCUUACUAUUGCUUAUGAUCAAUAAUCUUGUAGAUGAAUGUGCUAUUUUAAUAUUUUUCUUGCAGAUGUUAUAGACUGUUCACUGAUAGAACUAAGUUUGUUUUAGUUCUCCAAAAUGGAUUCAUUGAAUAUUAAUUUUAAAUAAAUAUAUAAUUCUCUUCUUGGUCAAUAUAUUUUGUGCCACCUUUUAAGUUAAUAAUAUACAAGAGAAGCCCUACGAGCAUGAUGCAAUUCGGCCCAUUUCUUAGCAAAAAUAAUAUGCCCAAUAUAUUGAUUUUUGUUUCUCUUCAUAACCUAUAUUUAUUAUUUCAUAUAAGUUUGCAUAUAUAAUGUCCAUGGCCUCCUGAUGAUAUUUCUCAUUUAAUUUUUUGAAGCCUUAAUUCCUUGCUUUUAAUGGCCUAAUAAGAACCCAUAUCUCAGGUUCAGAUGUUCAUUUGCAGGAAAUGCCCACUUCCAUAAUGUACAUUGGAAACAUAAUCUAAUACUAUAGAACGAAGAUCUGCACCAGUGAAAUCAGGUAAAACGUGGAGGAGCUGGCAGAAGUAAUUGGGGAGCUCAGAUUGAUAAAUUGGCUGAGUGAGUUUCUCCUUGGCGCCUUUGGUAGUUGUAAUUUCCUUGCCAUUGGUGAAUCAAAUGCAACUUGUGGAAAUAGAUGGAAAGAAUGCCCAUGUGACAAGGCAACUUACUGAAGAUGGGACGAGCAAAACUAACCCUGACACUUAGAAACAACCACAAGGCAUGCCGUGUAACUUUUGAAAAGAGAAGGAAAGGUUUGGAGAAGAAGGCUUAUGAAUUGUCGACUCUAUGUGGAGUCAAAAUAGGCAUGAUUCUCUACGGGCCAGCCGAAGGUGACGAACCAGUCGAGCAUACAAUUUGGCCUGAAAAUCGUGAAGAGAUUGAAAAUUUGAUCAGCUCCUACAAGAAGAGAUCAGAUGAUGAUUGCAGACAAAGAAACUAUGAUUUGUCAUUUUUCUUCAAGAAUAAAGUGAAGAAAAUCCAAGAAGAGCUUGUGAAAACGCGUAACAAGAACAUUGAAAUUAAGUACCCAACUUGGGAUGCAUCGUAUGAUAACUUGACAUACGACGAACUGAAACACUUCAGUAGUCUUCUGCAGGCUAAGAUUGAGAAUGUCAAGUCUCGAAUUAAUUUGAUGAAUCAUAAUCUAAUGAAUGCUCAAUCAGUUCAAGAAAAUAUAUACGUCCACCAAAGUAAGUUGUAUUAUCAGCAGCAGCAAUCUUUGAUGCCACACGGCUCAUUUAAUAUGGCUGAUCCGAGGCUGAUGGUGAUGCCAAUGAAUGAUGGUGCAUCUAGUUGUAGCAGCAACUAUAUAUAUAAUGCUGAAGAUACUUACGGAAAUUAUACGUAUAGCAAUGGUGGUGAAAUCCGGGGCAAUUAUAUUGGCAGUGAAAUCCCAGUUUCCUAUAUAUGUAAUGCUGAAGAUACUUACGGAAAUUAUACGUAUAGCAAUGGUGGUGAAAUCCGGGGCAAUUAUAUUAACAGUGAAAUCCCAGUUUCCCAUGGUUUAGGGUUCGAGGUACUCGACAAUGUUCCUUUUUCCAAUGCUGAGAUGUGCUCUUAUUUGCCAAACUUGUAUCCAAUGCCUCAGUACUCGCAGUUUCCCGUGUUUUCUAGUCCUACCCUUCAACUGCAAGCAGCUAACACUGAAAAUUAUCGUCGAAGGCAUGAUUUUCAGCUUCAUAAUCCAAUGUAGAAGAAAUUUUUGCUGUGAAAUUUAUUUCAGGAUCUGCUGGUUACUAGACUCAUUAACUGGGCAGUCUAGUAUAGUACUGAUUUCGAUUAAUGUAUCAACUUAAUUCUGCUGACUAUAGUCGUGUCUUUUGCAUAGACAUGUACCAUCCAAAUCUUUAUGUUUUGACUACUGUUUUAAA